AUGGAGGAAUUCCCUCUCCAACUCUCCUCUGGCGCGACCCUCGUACGUAGCGGUACACACCUCGACGUGCGACCGCCCACAGGCAAGCCGAAUACCAAGCCGAAGCACCCCGCGUGGAAGGUACCCUUGAAGCGCGUGCUGUGGGCUAGCGUGGCCGGCGAGUCGCUCGAGGUCGCGCUUGUCGUGGACAAGAAGGGGCUGGUCAAGAUUGAUGGGAAGGUCAAGGAAGGUGGCGGGGCGGAUGCAGGGAAGUGGGCAGAGGAACUUAUGACGGCGGCUUAUGCCGAGCCCGGCGCUAAGCCCCAAAGGCGAUUCUUGGUUAUUGUGAACCCCCAUGGCGGGCCGGGUAAGGCCGCUGCAAUCUACAAGAAGAAGGUUGAACCCAUUCUCUCCGCCGCACGGUGCACAUACAAAGCUAUCUUCACAGAGUACUACCAACAUGCUGUCAAGAUUGGCGAGGAGCUCGCGGUGGACGACUACGACUGCAUCAUUUCCAUCUCAGGCGACGGUAUCGUGCAUGAGCUGUACAACGGCAUGGCGAAGCACGAGACGCCACGCAAGGCAUUCCGAGUGCCUAUUGCACCCAUACCAGCAGGGUCCGGUAACGGGCUCAGUCUGAACCUCUUGGGGUUGAAGGAAGGCAACAAUGUCGUCGCCGCAACGUUGAAUGCCAUCAAGGGUCGUCCAAUGGCUGUGGACGUCUGUUCGAUCGUGCAGGACGGCAAGCGAACAUUCUCGUACAUGUCACAAUGCUUAGGUCUUAUGGCCGACCUUGACCUGGGGACGGAACACUUGCGGAUUCUCGGCAGCAACCGUUUCGUGUAUGGUUACCUCCGCGGCGUCGUAACACGCAAAUCGUACCCGUACCAAAUCUCAAUCAAGGCUAUGGAGUCGGACAAGCAGAAGAUGAGCGAUGCUUUGCGGGCCGACCUUGAGAGACCGCUCGAGACGCGCUUCAUCGACCCGAACGAAUCUUUACCCGACGAGUUGCCGCCACUGCGAUAUGCCGACGACGAUGCAUCGGAUUGGAUCAAGCUCGACGAGUCGUUCAACUUCUUGUACGGAGGGAAGUGCGCGUAUGUUAGCAGGGAUUUGAUGCAGUUUCCCGCUGGGAUGCCGAACGAUGGCGCGGUGGAACUGACCCUCCAACGCAGCGUAUCGCGCGGAGACAUGUUAUCCGCCUUUGAUGGCGCGGAGAACGGCAUCGGCUUUUGGCGCAAAUCUAACUUGUACUACAAGGCCUACGCGUACCGCUGCAAGCCGCUUCAGAAAAAGGGCUUCCUGUCCAUUGACGGCGAGAAGUAUCCGUUUGGAGAGUUCCACGUCGAGUGUCAUCAGGGCCUGGGGACCAUGAUGAGCUGCUACGGGCACUAUGCAACCGAGGACAACGCUGCUCUCAAGCCGCCGCCUGCGAAGCUCCCGAACUAA